AAUACGAUGGAUAAUGAGCAACAUAGGCAGUUAUACUCUCCUCCUUUUGUUUCACAAUGUCAUCUCCAAGAUUGCCCCUUCGUGUAAGACACGGGAUUCGAGAACAUUGGGAAGAUGCCAAUACGCCCGUCCAGACGGCCCGGUCCGCUGUAAGGGAACUUCUCGGGAUUGAUGUUGCGAUUGUGGUUACGUGGGAAUUUCUUGCUAUCGAGCUAGAUGACGAUUACCCAGAUAAAUCUACAUUAGUCCCUUCAGUUGCUGCAGGUGUCCAGGCAUUUCUCGGCGGACUACGAGAGAUAUUGGACGGCGAAGUCGAUCCAGAAUGGACCGAUACUUUAUUGGAGCGCUGUAAUAGCUGCCUGAGGCUAUUCAUAGGGGUCUCGAGAGAAGCAGAAGUCCUUUGGUCCAGCAAAGAGGCAGGACUUCACGUUAAGCUUCCUAUGGGUGUAAUGCCACCACUAAAUGAAUUACAACCGCAUUUCAAGACCAAGCUCCUACGAUGUUUCGACGAGAGACAAAUAUCCAUGGAGGACUGGGCAGACUUAUCCGCAGAGGAUGCGAACAACAAUUCAGAUCCCACAGAGCCACGUCAACCUGCCGAGGCAUUUCCGGAUAUUAGCAUUCUGCCGCGCCCAGACCAACUGCUCCUCAAACCGCCAUAUCACCUUGCUGUUUACAACGCGGGAAAUGACAAAGUUGAGAUACAGUGUAGUCACAGUCCGACUUUAGAAUUAUUAGCAGAUUAUCUGACGAAAUGGUGUAAAACCAUUCCUCAGCAAACGCCGCGUCCACCUGCGGUAGCCAUCAAGUUACACCAAUCACCAUUUGGUCUAGGACCUAUUUACGACCGCUUGACGAUGUCCGUCGGGGAUCGAAACCCCCAUUUCUUUGUGUCACCGAUGAUUGUCCUAUCAUUCAUUGAAGGGGUCUUGGGCUAUAAAAGCAUGUCUGCCGAUGGAUUCUCUUGGACUUUUAGGAAAGACGUCGAGUUCCGCAAGCUUACUUAUAAAUCAUAGGUAAGCAGCAAUAUCUAUAUAUAGUACACCGGAUCUAUUCCUCU